AUGUCCAACAGCAGCUCCAUCAGGCACUUCCUCCUGCUGGCAUUGGCAGACACGUGGCAGUUCUUUCUUUUGUAUUUCUUCAUCUCAGCAGAGUAUUCCCUGCUGACCAUCAUGUGCUACGACCGCUACGUGUCCAUCUGCAAAGCCCUGCACUACGGAACCCUCCUGGGCAGCAGAGUUUGUGCCCACAUGGCAGCAGCUGCCUGGGCCAGUGGCUUUCUCUAUUCAAUGCUGCACGCAGCCAAUACAUUUUCCCUGCCCCUGUGCCAUGGCAAUGUCCUGGGCCAGUUCUUCUGUGAAAUCCCACAGAUCCUCAAGCUCUCCUGCUCCAAAUCCUAUCUCAGGGAACUUGGGCUCAUUGUGUUUUCAGUCUCCUUAGAAAUUGGCUGGUUUGUGUUCACGGUUUUCUCCUAUGUGCAGAUCCUCAGGGCUGUGCUGAGGAUCCCCUCUGAGCAGGGACGGCACAAAGCAUUUUCCACCUGCCUCCCUCAUCUGACUGUGGUCUCUCUGUUUAUCAGCACUGCAGCAUUUGCUCCCCUGAAGCCCCCCUUCAUCACCUCUCCAUCCCUGGAUCUCUCAGUCUCUCUUCUGUACUUAGUGGUGACUCCAGCACUGAACCCCCUCAUCUACAGCUUGAGGAACGAGGAGCUCAAGGAUGCCCUGUGGAAAAUGAUGACCCUAUCUUUUCAGGGACAAUAAACUCUGUCUUUUCUGCUCCAGAACAUUCAGAAUGUAACUCUUUACAAUCUUGGCCUUUAUUUUUCUAUUUGUCAAUAUUUUCAUUGGGACCUUUUCUUAUUCUUUUUUCCAGUGUUAUAAUGUUUUUUUAUAAAAUAUUGUAGUACUAUUCUGAGUAUUUCUACAUGAACAUCUACUUUUCUUGUGUAACACA